GAGCCAUUAAUAGGCCCUGAGGAGUGAAACGAAUGAAGAAGGUUCGCUUCCGCAAUUCUCCGUGACGUCACCAGCAAGUUCCCGUAUGUACAAGCUCUUCCUGCGUUCACACGGGAACAUGGCGGCCUCCAGUCUCAACGCGGUUCGAGUUAGGUUGUAUUUUGAUUACCCUCCUCCUUCCAUGCCCGACUGCCGCAUGAGCUGGGUGCUGGUGGAUUUGAAUAAAUGCCGUGUUGUUGCAGAUUUGUGCAGCGUGAUUAGACAAAAGUUCGACUACAGCCGCAAAACGGUGUUAGACUUGUUCAUUGAGAAUUGUUUCCUUCCUCCUGCUGAGAACAUCUAUUUGGUUCGUGAUAAUGACAGCAUAAGAGUGAAGGUGUCCAGUGUUUAUAGUGAGUGCGUAGGGAAAAAAAGAUGCAGAGAGGAAGAAGGCUCAUUUCAAGCACCGGCGAAGAAGAAUAGACACGAGGAGAACGGUGUCGCCCAAGCAGCAGGCGCAACAAAGAAAAAGAAAAGACACAAAGCGAAGAAGAAGAAGAGGGACGAGAAGCAGUUGGAGUCUGGAGAUGCCUUUAAAGCAGCCUUCCCUGAUAAAGAGCCUUCAUCCUCAAAGGCACAGACUGAGAAGAGCAGCAAGAAAGCUUCAGCAUCUUCUGUCCUUACUAACGGAAAAGCGAUUUCAUCAGGUCCGCAUAAUAAAAGCUCAGACUCUUCAGACAGCAGUGAGGAGGUCACUCAAAAACCUUCUCCACUCAAAUCCAAGUCCAAACACACACAGGUUGCAGCAUCCAAACGGCAUGCGGUGAGAAAAACCUCUUCCUCAGAUUCAUCCUCGUCAGAAGACGAAAAAGUCCUUGUGAAAAAACCUCCAAAACCAUGUACAAGCUUGAAAACCUGUACCAGUACUAAGACAUCCAAAGAGCAGACGUCUUCUGUUGCACCCAAAUCCACUACAAACUCUACAGCGGCCAAGAAAACACAAAAAGAGUCUUCUUCAGAUUCGUCCUCGUCAGAUGAUGAAGCUUCAGCAGCAGCCAGAAGAGCAAACGUCCCUGCAAAGUCCACGACCACUGCCUCAAAACCUCAACCCCAAACCACGGCAGCAUCAUCCUCAGAAGAAGAUGAUUCCAGAAAAGGGGGUUCUAAAACAGCGUCCUUACUGCAAACAGGGCCACCUUUGUCCAGUCGUCAAGGUGAAGCCAGCAAAAACCCCAUGUCCAAAAAACCUUCCGCAAACUCUAAAACGUCCAAAACACAAACAACAACUUCAGAUUCCUCCUCGUCCUCUGAAGACGAAGCCUGCAAAGCAAACGUCCCUACAACACCCAAACCCUUUAAAACGGCACGAGCACAGACGCAGCCAUGCUCAGACCCAUGUGCUGUGGUGGAGAACGGCGUGAUUUGGACUCCGUCCACUCCAGUAGGAACGAUGGUCCAAGACAACAAGGACAAAGCGGAGAGCUCUGAGUCGUGCAGCAGUGACACGGAGCUGGUGAUAAAGAGGCCGAAUCCUCUGCUUGUGGCUGGUUUGACCCCUCGGGGAAGGGGCCGGGGGUUCCCGGACAGGGUCAAAGGUCGAGGAGGGGUCAGGGGUGGCUUUGGCAGGGCCAGAGGAACGCCUUGGAAGCAGAACUUUCACCAUGACUAUGACAAUGAAGUGCAGAGGAAGCAGAAAGAGAUCCAGACUAACAAAAGCUUGGUGCUGCAGAAUCCUCCAGAGCCAAGCCCCAAGCGGGAUUACAGCACUCUGCCUCUCCUCGCUGCUCCUCCUGCAGUGGGACAGAAAAUUGUUUUUAAGGAUUUCCUGAUACUUCAAUGAAUCCAUCUCGCCUUCCACACGCUGCAGGUUUCCAGUGCCAGAGGAUGCAAAGCAGCCCCAGAGCAUCACUGAGCCACCACCGUGCUUGACUGUAGACAGAGUGUCCUUUCUUCAUUCUUCUUCCUCCAGAUAUACCACUGAUCCAUCAUGCCAAAAAGCUCCAGUUUUGUUUCAUCGCUCCACAUACCAGAAUCCCAAAACUUCCGUGGCUUAUUUAUAUGAUUUUGAGGCAACUUUUCUUUUGCUUUUGGGUCAGUAGUGGUGUACGUCCUGGAGUUCUGGCUUGGAAACCUUCUGUGUUCAGUACGCGCCUUACUGUGCUCACUGAAACCUCAGUGUCUGUUGCCACUAAUUCUUGCUGCAGGUCUUUUGCAGUCACUUUUGCAGUGUUUUUCACAACUUGCCUUCUCAGAAAUCUGGUUGCAGCCAUUGAUUGCUUCCUUUUUCUGCCCCAUCCAGGUAUUUCAUGUAUUUCAUGCCCCUAGCCAGUUAAGGUAUUUCAUGUGUUCCAGCUCAAGCACACCUGGUGCAACUAAUGAAGCCGUUGUGUUGAACUAUUUCAAUUGCUUUUGUUUGAUUUGUUCAUUGCAAACAUCUGAAAAUCUAUACAUUUUGACAAUAAACCUGAUUUGUAAUGGGGGUUGAAUAAUUUGGUCGCAACUGUAUAAUGAUAUUAUAAAUUGCUCGUUUUUAUACAUCACCCCUGAACUCUGGAACAGCACUCGAGAGCAUGUUAGGAAUGCUAGUUCAAUUAUUCUUAUUAAAUCUAGAUUGGAACCUGUUUAACCUGACCUAUUCUUAAAUAUAGUUUUUCAUUAUUCAUAGUAAUUCUUGUAGAUUUACAGUUUAUUCAUUUGCAAUUAACGUUAAACUUUAUCAUAAAUACCUUGUUUGAACCGUUUUCAUUUUCCGUAUGUAAAACACUUUACGUAAAGCCCUUAUUUCAUCUCAUUGAAAGACUAUACUGACUUUAUUUAUUUAUUUUAUUUCUAUUUUAUUCUUUGUAACCAAGUACCUUAAUCAACUUCAGUGUUUGUCUCUGUGAUUUUAAAUAACUGUAAUGAUGUAAAAAUAUUUUUAGAGAAUAACAGGUCAUCGAGUUGUUGUUAAUGUUUUAUUUAUUACACUGCGUUCCUUAUUAUUUAUUGAACUGCUCUAUUUUUUCCCCCCU